AAGUCACACAGCAGUAAAAACAGUGAAUGUCAUGCACUGACAUUGUCCGCUUCGCGUCGUUCAUUUUUUUCGUGCUAAGCAACCUCAAAUGAACCAAUAUUCAUUUCUUUACUUUCAUGUUUUUCAUUUAUCAUUUCAUUUGCAGAGCUGGCAUUGUGAUCAAACCAUUCCCUGUUUUGCCACCAAUCGCUGAUAAACCUGAAGGCUCUGACAACGAUGGCAAUGACAAAGCCACGAGUCCGCUCAACAACCAAUCAUCUUCCAGUGACCUCGAUGAUAUCAUUGCAGAUCUUUUGGGAUCUGAUUCGGAGGAACACAACAAAAAACAAAAAGUUCAGGCAACCCAGCAUUGCAAGAGUUGCCCAGCAAAAGACAACCAAAUUAAGAAUCUCCUUUCAUCUGAGAACGAGCUUAAAAGAAGAAUCCAAGAGUUAGAGAAAACUAUCGCCGACCAGAAACAAACUAUCGAGGAAUCCUCAAAGAAGGUCGCAAGCCUAGACAACGAGCUCUAUGUACUCAAAUACGAACACAACGCCUUGGAAAUUAGAGUCAAGUGCUUUGAAAGCGAGGCUGAGAGGUACGAGGAACAGGCUAAGAAGUUUGUUGAAACUGAGGAAGAGUAUAAGAUCAAAGACGGCCGCAUCAAACGUAAAAACGAGGAACUCGCAAGAGAUAACAGAGAGCUUAAGCGAUACCUUAAGCGGAAUUCUGUGGAAAUUGCCACUCAGCUUCAAGAUCUCUACGAUAAAAUCGUGGAUGCAAAGAAGCAUUAUACUGGAAACAACAUCUCUGUAGAUCUACCGGGCAGCUCUACCAAUUCUGAUGAAGAACCACAAACGAAGGAUGUCUCCUCGUUGUUGGAGGUCCUGACAGUCACUGUAGAUGAGCUCAAAGAAGAAUUCUCCAAGAAUAAAGCAAGCCAGGACACCAGCCUUGCUGACAGUCAAAAACGUUUGGAGGAAAGGACAGCAGUUCUUGAAAGUGCUAACUUGGUUCUCAUGAAAGAUAAAAAACAACUUUUAAAAGAGUUAGGCGAACUGAAAAAGGCUCCUAAAGUUGACCAUGGAGAAAUGUACGACGAAAGUGAAGAGUUAAAGAAACUCUACGCCUCAAACAAAGAACUUACCAAACAACUUAGUGAUCAARAGGAAGCUUAUAAAUGUGAGCUUGAUGAGAUGAAAUUCAUCCUUCAGUACCUCGAAAGUACCUCAGAAGAACUUGAGUCAAAACUGAAGGCUUCGGAGGCAUACAAUGCUGAUUUGCUUGGGAAGCUUUCGGCGAAAGAGAACCACGUUGAACAAUUGUCAGAGAAUCAAAAACCACACAAUCAAAACUUGGACAAUGACAACAUACAAGACAACAGCAAAAGUACUGUAGAUGAAGACCUCCUAAUAAAACUUCAGUCCCUUGAAGCGAUUAACUUAGAGCUAAGAAACACCAUCACUGAAAAAUAUGAAAAUGUUGAAAGGCUAACAAGAGAGAAUCAAGACCUUACAGAACAAUCGGAAGAACUUGAACGACGUUUAAAAGAAGCGAACAUGGUUGAAGAUCAGCUUUUCUAUGACAUGAGGUCCAUGGAAAGUGCUUAUGAAGUUCUGAACCAAAAAACGUCUGAAAAAGACAACGAUAUCCAAAAGUUUAAAAGAGAAAGCGAAGAUCUUGCCAAGCGUGUCAAACAACUUGAGUUUGAACUGAAAGACGCCAGGGAUUCGGUAGAAACACUAUGUUUAAAGGUCAAGUCAUAUGAAAUAUCUAAGGAUGAGUGGAGCCAAAACGUCCAGGAAAAGGAGAAGUGUUUCAUCAAAAACAUAAAAGASCUAGAAGUUAAACUAAAAGACGCAAAAUCUAAGGAAGAAGAACUGAAAGACAAACUUCACAAGCUCACGGAUUCUUGUAACGUAAUCAGUCAAGAAUCGUCUGAAAAAGACAAGAUAAUUGAAAAUAUGGUAUCAGACAAGCAAGAACUUGAAAGACAAUUUUCUGAUCUUGGAUCCCUACUUAAAGAGRCCAGAUCCAACGAACGAUCACUGCAAUCUAAACUGCAGGACGGCAUGGGAUCAGUUAAUGAACUGCAUAAUCAGUUAGCUGACAAGGAUGCAAUAAUGCAGAAGCUCAUAUCAGAAAAGAAGGAACUUGAAAAACAACUUUCUGACCUUAAAACCCUCCUCGAGGAAKCAAGAUCAAAUGAAACAUCACUGCAUUCUAAGGUUCAGCAACUGACAGAAAAAGAUCUGGAAGUUGAAAAGGGAAAAGCAGACAAGCAGAAACUCGAGCACGAUCUCUGUGAACUUCAAAAACAAAUCAAUGAUGCUAAAUCCAAUGAAGCAGUAUUGCAAUCCCAACUACAAGAUUUCUCUGGAACGUGUAAUAAAUUGAGGCAGGAACUGGCUAACAAUGUUGAAARUAUUGAACAAACCCAAUCAGAUAAGCAAGAGCUUGAAAAACAACUUUCUGACCUUAAGACACUUUAUGAGAAAGCCAGAUCUAACGAAACAUUGCUGCAAACCAAGGCCAAACAACAAGCAGAGAAAGAUGUGGUCCUUGAAAAGUUGAAAUCAGACAAACUGGCUAACAAGGAUGAAAAGAUUGAACAAACACAAUUCGAGAAGCAGGAGCUUGAAAGAAAACUUUCUGACCUUGAAACCCUCCUCGAGGAAGCCAGAUCUAACGAAACAUCGCUGCAGACCAAGGCCGAACAACAAGCAGAGAAAGAUGUGGUCCUUGAAAAGUUGAAAUCAGACAAGCAGAAAAUAGAACAAGAUCUCUGUAAACUUGAAAAAGAAGUUUGUGAUGCCAAAUCCAAUGAAGAAGUAUUGCAGCUCAAAUUGCAAGAAUUGUCAAAAUCUUGUUCUGAAUUGAGGCAGGAACUGGCUAACAAAGAUAAAAAGAUGGAAAUAAUUCAAUCAGAAAAGAAACAGCUCGAAAAACAACUUUCUGACAUUGACAACCUACUCGAGGAAGCCACAUCAAAUGAAACAUCACUUAAAAAACAGGUUAGUGAUGGCAAAUCCAAUGAAGAAGUAUUGCGAUCACAACUGCAAGAUUUCUCGGAAACAUGUAAUAAAUUGAGGCAGGAAAUGGCUACCAAGGAUGAAAAGAUUGAACAAACCCAAUCAGAUAAACAGGAGCUUGAAAGACAACUUUCGGACAUUGAAACCCUCCUCGUGGAAGCCAGAUCAAAUGAAACAUCACUUGAAAAACAAGUUAGUUAUAAGAAAUCUAACGAAGGAGCGUUGCAAUCCCAACUGGAAGAUUUAUCGAGAUCAUGUAAUGAAUUAAGGCAGGAACUGGGUAAGAAAGACGCAAAGAUUGAACAAACUCAAUCAGAAAACCAGGAACUUGAAGGACAAAUUUCUGCUCUUGAAUUUCUUCUUGAGAAAGCCAGAUCUACCGAAACAUCGCUAAAGACCAAAUUGCAGAAUUUCUCGAUGCCUUCUAACAAAUUGAGAAAAGAAUCAUCCGAGAAAGAAGUCAUGAUUGAAAAAAUGGCAAUAGAAAACCAUGAACUUCAAACAAAGCUUUCUGAAUGCGAAAAGGAACUUAAAGAGAUUAGAUCAAAUGAAGCGACACAGCAGACAAAACUGAAGGGAGGUAUGGAGUCUUCUAACGAGUUGCGUGUGUGUCUUUUUGAAAAAGACAUGAAAAUUGAUAGGGUGAUGUCAGAAAAGCAGAAUCUUGAAAAACAAAUAUCACACCUUGAGAACCAACUUAAGCAAGCCAAAUCCUUCACGCAAUCGUCUGAUGAAUUAAAGCAGCAAAUCUUGGAGAAAGACAAGACAAUUGAAAAAGUUAUCUUAGAAAAGUGCAAAUUAGAAAAAGAACUCGCUAAUCUCGAAAUCCAACUAAAGAAUGCAAUUUUCCCUAAGGAAGUCUUUGCGUUUAUAGAAAAGACGACAUCCGAAAAAGAGGCAUUAAUCAAGAGUACAUGCAAAUUGGAGUACCAGCUUAAAGACGCUGAAUUAACAGUGCAAGACAUUCAAUCUAAGCUUGAAUUUACUGAAGAAGCCAAUCAAAAGCUGAGGCAUGAUUUGACUACAAAGGAAGAAUCCAUCAGCGCGUUAGAAACAGAGAAACAAGGUUUUGUGAAGAGAAUCGAGGAGCUUGAAAACGCUAAAAUAACAGAGCAAAGUCUUGAAUCAAAGCUCAAAUCUGCCGAAGAAGCCAAUCAAAAGUUGAGCCAUGAUUUGACCACAAAGGCUGCAACGGAAGAAUCCAUUGGCACGUCAGAAUCAGAGAAAGAAGGUUUAGUCAAAAGAAUUGAGGAGCUUGAGCUGCAUCUCGAAGAUUCUAUAAGUUCUGAAAAAGAGCUUCAUUCACUUCUAAAGUCAAGCACACACGAGAACAACAUGCUGAAACAACAGCUUUACGAAAACAUUGACAGAUUUACAUCAGAACAACAGGAUCUGGUUCAACAUCUACUAGAUUUGGAAUCGGCCAUGCAACAGGCUAGAGCAUCUGAGAAAUCGUUCCAGCAAGAAUUAUCAUCUAUUAAAUCCUGUGGCGAUAAGUUGGCCAAAACACUAAGAUCAAGGGACCAAACUAUCGAGAGGUUAAUAACUGAGAAGGAGGAAAUGUUUCAACGACUAUCCGAAAGUCAAUGYGAAGAAACAGAAACUCGACGUUUUAACCAACAACUUCAAGACAAAAACCAUGGCUUGACAACAAAAGUAAACAAACUUUUGGACAAGAAUGAGCAACUAAAGGAAUUGAUCUUGAUACUGCGAGACAGUAGGAAAAUUCAACGCUCUAGURAGCCCAGAAGUGGGACAUCGAAACAAUUUGAUAACAAGAUAACAAAACUGGAAGAGAAAUUGCAGUAUGCGCCACGUGACAAGAGGAAGGUGACAAAAGACAUGGGUGUAAAAGACAAUGUGGAGUCAAGAAGAGAAAUAAUUGAGGAGUGUCACAGGACAAGGAGAGACCUCGCUAUUGAGCUCGAGUAUAAAGAAGAACGAUUCGAGCGGCUUUUAGAUGAAGCCCAGCAGAGGUCAGAAGAGGAGAUGUAGACAGAGAGGGGGCGCUGUAAGAGUGGAAAUGCCAAUGAAAUGUUUGUUGGCAAUUUCUACAGAAGUUGUAUUUAAUAAUUGAGAAAUAAUAAAAAAUGAACCUAAAUAACAUAAAAAAAUGAAGAGCCCUUUCAUAAAAAGUAUUUGAAAAUAUAAAAAAAAAACGAGAAAAAUUUUUUA